AUGUUAGUGACUGAGCGAAGGAAACAGAGAAGCGGCGACCCGAGCCUGCUGGCGUCGAUGUACAGGAAUUGGACGGGCUCUUGGGAGAACCUGAAGGCGGGGAGAGUAUGGACUCUCGUCACAUCCGCAUUCUCGCACUCCGAGAUGGGACACCUCUUCAUGAACAUGUUCACCUUCUACUUUAUGGGCAGCGCGGUGGCGCAGAUGCUGGGCCCGAAGCAUUUCUUGACGCUGUACCUGUUUAGCGCCGUCACCUCAUGCCUCGGCUCCAUCGCCUGGGAAUCCUACGUCGGCCGCAACAGUCGCGGCUUGGGUGCUAGCGGCGCCAUCGACGCCGUCCUCGGCUUCCUCGCCUGCGCCGCCCCGCGCAUGACCUUCAUGAUCUACGGCAUCAUCCCGGUCCCCGCCUGGCUUGCCGUGGGCGGGUUCUUCGCGUACGACGUGUAUGGGACGGCUAUGGAUAAUCGCCCCGGAGUUGGCACGGCGGCGCAUGUUACGGGGAUAUUGACUGGGAUCGCGUGGUACUUGGUCCUGUUUGCGUAG